CUUCCACCUUCGUUUGUAACUCUCACUUCCUCCAUGUCGUUCUGUGAUGUACUUUAACCUACACCAUCUACUCUAAGUCCUUAUUCUGGUGACAGGGUGUUUGGUGCAGCGCCGGAACUCCUUCAGCUGUAUCGCCCCACCACACAACUCCCAGUUCACCAUGUCCAGGAAGGUUGUGAGGAGCAGUAAGUUCCGCCACGUCUUUGGCCAGGCUCUGAAAGCUGACCAAUGCUACGAUGACAUCCGAAUCUCCCAGAUGACCUGGGACAGCGGCUUCUGCUCCGUUAACCCCAAGUUCGUUGCCAUGAUCGUGGACGCGAGCGGCGGAGGAGCCUUCAUGGUGCUGCCCCUGAGCAAGACGGGGCGUAUCGAGAUGAGUCAGCCCACUGUGUGCGGCCACACAGGUCCCGUCCUGGACAUCGAGUUUUGUCCACACAAUGACAACAUCAUCGCCAGCAGUUCUGAGGACUGUAGCGUCAUGAUCUGGGAGAUCCCGGAUGGCGGGCUGACAGCCCCUCUCACAGAUCCCGUGGUGAAGUUGGACGGCCACUCCAAACGUGUUGGCAUCCUGAGCUGGCACCCCACUGCCCACAAUGUGCUGAUGAGUGCAGGCUGUGAUAACGUGGUGAUCCUCUGGAAUGUGGCUCGUGGGGAGGCGGUGGUGAGGAUCGACAGCAUCCACCCCGACCUCAUCUACAGCGCCAGCUGGAACAGGGACGGCUCCAUGAUCCUCACCACCUGCAAGGACAAGACCAUGCGGGUGCUGGACCCACACAAGGGCACCGUCCUCUUUGAGAAGGAGAAGGCUCAUGAUGGCUCCAGGCCGAUCAGGGCGGUGUUCGUGUCCAACGGCAAGAUCCUCACGACGGGCUUCAGUCGUGUGAGUGAGAGGCAGGUGGCGCUGUGGGAUCCGAAGAACUUCGGUGAGGCGCUGACCCUGCAGGAGCUGGACACCAGCAGUGGUGUCCUUAUGCCUUAUUUUGACCCGGACACUGGCAUCGUCUACCUCUGUGGCAAGGGGGACAGCAGCAUCCGAUACUUUGAGGUGACGGACGAAGCUCCUUAUGUUCACUACCUCUCCAUGUACAGCAGCAAGGAGAGCCAGAAGGGGAUGGGAUACAUGGCCAAGAGAGGCCUGGAGGUCAACAAAUGUGAAAUUGCCAGGUUCUACAAACUCCAUGACAGGAAAUGUGAGCCCAUAGUCAUGACAGUACCACGCAAGUCUGACCUGUUCCAGGAGGAUCUGUACCCGGACACCAUCGGCCCUGAGCCCUCGGUCGAAGCUGACGAGUGGUUUCAAGGCAAGAAUGCCCAGCCUAUUCUGAUAUCCCUAAAGGAUGGGUUCGUAGCAACCACCAAGGCCAAGGAGUUCAAAGUUCACAAGACUCUCCUGAAGACCACGGUUGCUUCUGCUGGGGGUCCACCAGAAAACAGCGGGGAGGUCCAGUCCUUGAGGAAGGAGGUGAAGGACCUCAGUGCAGCGAUAGAGGAGCUGACCAAGCGUGUGAGGGAGCUGGAGAGCAAGCAAUAAACUAGAGAAAUAAAUCAAGAGACAAGCAGAUGACCAAACAACGUGAGGGAGAAAGUGGUUGUAACCUUCUGAUCGCAGGGACACAAAGGGAGAGAUUAGGGCAAGAGAUGUUAUUCAAGGUCCAUUUUUAGGGCUUGAAAGCUUGAAUUUGUUUAUUUAGUUGAAUUGAUUUUUGUUUUAUUCCUUUUUUAAUAUAUGCAUUUAGUUUGAAAUAAAAUCUGUAUUUGGAUGAUU